UAGGAGUGUUAAUUUUUUUUAAACGCUAAGUGCAAUUUUUUAAGCGCAUAAAUUAACUCCUCGAGUCAUGUUAAUUUAUUAAUAUGAUAAAUUUAAUGGCAUCAACUUCUCUGUUGAUUAAUGGAGCUCUGUUUAAAAUAAGCAAUUUAAAGUCAUGUGAGCAACUGGCUUCUAAUCUAACAAGUUUUGCUAUUUUUUGUUAAUCUUCAAAGAUGGGAGAAAGCAUGUUUCCUUCUGCUGAUGCCGUAAGUUUUGUGUGUGGUAACCCAGGAAAAAUAAGGGAAGCUGAAUCAAUAAUGAAGGACAGUUACAUAAAGAUUCAUUAUGUUAAACUGGAUUUACCUGAAAACCAGGGAGAUUCAGAUUUUGUAUCCAAAUCAAAAUGUAAAAGUGCCACAUCAGUUGUGAAAGGACCAGUUAUUGUUGAAGAUACUUCUCUCUGUUUUAAUGCUCUACAUGGAUUGCCUGGACCAUAUAUAAAAUGGUUUUAUGAGAAACUUGGUUCAGAAGGUCUUCAUAGACUUUUGGCUGGAUGGGAAGAUAAAUCUGCAUCAGCUGUGUGUACUUUAGCAUUUACUGAAGGUCCGGGUAAAGAAGUAUUCUUAUUUUCUGGAGAAGUAAAAGGCACAAUUGUACCCCCAAGAGGAGAUUAUGGUUUUGGGUGGGAUUCCUGCUUCCAACCCGAGGGAAGUGUGAGAACAUUUGCUGAAAUGAGCUCAGAAGAGAAAAAUGAAUUCUCACAUCGUCAUAAGGCUUUGUUAAAAUUAAAAGCUUAUUUGAUAUCCCAAAUAAGUGGGUGAAUUACUCAGAUUUAUUUGCAGUGGAAUUUGUGAAUUACUCAUUAAAUGUAGAGUAAACAAUAGUUUUAUAAUGUAAAUAUAUUUAUAUAAUAAAACUAUUUUCUAGUAUA